CGGGGCGGGCCUCCGCAGCAGUGAUGGGGGCGGGCGGCCCAGGAACCAGACACCGAGGACGAAUAAGUGAUGCUCACUCGCACGCAGCCUGCGACCAGAUCGCCACCGCCGAAGGCCGGCGGGCCUGGGCCAGUCCCAGGGCCAACCCGGCCAGCGGCAUCGCUCCGUUCCCCGGACCUGCUGCCGAGCCGAGCGUGACGAUGGCGCAGCACUGGCGAGGCGCGGAGCCCCGCUGGUCACUGGGCGGCGCCGUGCUGGGGGUUUGUCUCGCGGGGGUCGCCGGGCAGCUGGUGGAGCCCAGCACGGCCCCGCCCAAGCCUAAGCCGCCCCCGCUGACCAAGGAGACCGUGGUGUUCUGGGACAUGCGCCUGUGGCACGUGGUGGGCAUCUUCUCACUCUUCGUGUUGUCCAUCAUAAUCACUCUAUGCUGUGUCUUCAACUGUCGCGUGCCACGGACCCGGAAGGAGAUUGAAGCCCGGUACCUGCAGCGAAAGGCAGCCAAGAUGUACACAGACAAACUGGAGACUGUGCCCCCACUCAAUGAGCUCACAGAAAUCCCUGGAGAGGAUAAGAAGAAGAAGAAGAAGAAGGACAGUGUGGAUACAGUGGCCAUCAAGGUAGAGGAAGAUGAGAUGAAUGAGGCCAAGAAGAAAAAAGGAAAGAAAUGAGGAGAGCUUCCUGGAGGCAGCAGCUAAGGCUGGUAGGCCUUAGGGCUCAAGUCCUGGACAGGGUCCAGGAAUUUUAGACUCCAAGUUCACACAUGGACCAAAGAGGUUGCAGGACAUCCUCUGCCUGCUCCACAGGGGCUUCUGAGGGCCCAUGGCCAUGCCCUUAGAGCCCAUCGGGGGCAGGGACAAGAUACACCAGAUGUCCUACCUCCCAGCCUAGACUCCAUUCCUGUCAGCCCUCCCAUGUGGCCACCUAGCAAAGUUGGCAUGGACCACUGUCUCUGUGCAGAUUCAGAAUGGCCUCACACCCACCCGGACAUGCCAGGAACAGCAGUGGCUCUAAAGGACAUAUAUUUCCCUUCGGGAAGGGGGUAGUUGGACUGAAUGGGCUGGAGUGGGAGGCCACAUCCAGGCUGGCCAAGGAGGGAGAGGGUCACUGGAGGCAGCUGUGGCAGUAGGAGGUUCUCAGACCUGGCUAGAUAGCAGCCCUGGUGAAGGGACUGCCCCAAGCCUGGCAGGGGUUCUGGCCUAGGGGGGUGUGAGCUUUUCCCCAAGCCAAGCAGAUACCAAGCUCCAAGCAAUGGGAUGCACUUGUUUCACAUGCUCUGAGUAGCAAGGGGCCUGGAGGAGAAGAGAAGAAAGCUGGCACCCAGGCCUAAUCUUUGGAAUCCAGGGAAUACUUGAAAAGACAAGGGGAACCAUGAGCUGUUCCAUGGCCCUUUUUAUGCUCAGCUGCGGUGGAGUGUCAGGACCCUAGAGGAUCACCACAGGGGGCAGUUAGGGAUGGAGGCUGCAACCAGCCUCUCAUCUGCACAGCUUCCUUGUCUACACUCUCAGCUAUGGGCCUCAAAAUGGCACUGCCGGCCAGAAGCCGAAGACCCAAAGGCCAUCUGGGACUGAUCCUUGGGAAGAUGUGCACAGAGGGGCUCCAGAAGGCAGUGAAUGUCAGCUGAGGUACUCAGACCUGGCCUGGAGACUAAGAAGACAAGAGAGUAGGCUUCUGAACCAGAGGAGCUGCUGGAAAAGCUCACACUGCUUCACAGCCUCCAGAGAUUCAUAAAUAAAGCUGAGUGCCUUCUCA